AUGAAAAAUCCAUUCGAAGAAGAACCAUUAGAAACCACCGAAGAGCCGGUUUUUCCUAAUGCUGCGUUCACAAGACAUUCGCCUCGAAAGUUAUAUCAGAUUAGCUCUCGUGGAGAAGACAGCCCAUUCGACGACUUCACCCGAACAAGUCGAAGAGAUGAAAGAACAAGCUCUCCCGAUAUAUUUGCUCGAAGCUCAUAUCAGGGCCAGCAAGUAUUGACAAGCCGUAUAGGGUCCAAAACUCCUGAUCUUGGAAUUCAUGACUCAAAGACUCCACGGGCAAAAUUCACCUCGAAAGAAAGUCCAAAAAGGCAAAGACAAGGGGGCUUUUUAAUUCCACAGAAAGAUAGUGACACUAUGCUGAAUGAAGAUGCUUUGGCGAUGGAUGUAUGCUCUUCAAGAAGCACAACAAAAAGUGAAAGGAUUCUUGAACUACCUCAGCCUAUAUUUACUCCUGAAACAUUCGCAGAAGCAAACAAUCAAAGGUCAUUUCUGAAUAGCGAUUCCGAUGAGAAGACUGUGGCCUCCGACCCAACAGAUGAGUACGAGUUUCUGGCUUAUCAGAAGGCUUAUGAUGAAAUAUCGAUGUCAGACACUAACACGGCUUAUAGUUCCGGCUAUCAUUCUGUGGAAGGAAGCGAGAGUGAUUACUUUGGGGCAUCCAUUGACAGAGACAUGAUGAGGAAUUUACCCGAUGGUUUUGUUCCACUGAAAGAAAAGACCACUACCAAACGAAAGGUCAGAUUAGUAGGUGGAGACUCUGGAAAUUUUGUUCUCGAGAAUCGAGUACCAGAAGAAUUAAGAAAGGUGUUGACGAGAACCGAUUCUCCAUUUGGGGAGUUUACCAAUAUGACGUAUACAGCCUGCACCGCUGAGCCAGACGAGUUUGUGAACGACGGCUUUACUUUACGACCUGUAAAGUAUGGACGAGAAACAGAGCUUGUCAUCUGUGUGACAAUGUAUAACGAAGACGAAUAUGCCUUUGCAAGAACAAUGCAUGGCAUAAUGAAAAACGUUGCUCAUCUAUGCUCAAGAGCGAAGUCAGCUACAUGGGGCAAAGACCUGUGGAAAAAAGUCCAGGUAGUUAUAGUUGCCGAUGGUCGCAACAAAGUCAAUGAGGCUGUACUUCAGCUCUUGACUGCUACUGGCUGCUAUCAAGACAAUCUAGCCCGUCCUUAUGUGAACAACAAGAAAGUUAAUGCCCAUCUAUUCGAGUAUACUACUCAAAUUUCUAUCGAUGAGAAUCUAAAAUGGCUCUUUAACGCUUUUUGCCCUGUUCUUGAUCCCAACGUUGUCGUUUUAUUAGAUGUGGGAACGAAACCAGACAAUCAUGCAGUAUAUAACCUCUGGAAAGCCUUCGAUAAAGACUCAAAUGUGGCUGGUGCCGCAGGCGAAAUCACGGCAAUGAAAGGAAAAGGAUGGGUGAACUUGCUUAACCCGUUGGUUGCUUCCCAGAACUUCGAGUACAAGAUGUCUAACAUCUUAGAUAAGCCAUUGGAGUCUCUCCUUGGUUACAUCACGGUUUUACCUGGUGCGCUUUCAGCUUAUCGUUAUAUCGCGUUAAAGAACCAUGCAGAUGGUACUGGCCCUUUGGCUUCAUACUUCAAAGGAGAAGACCUCCUCAAUUCUCGGCGGCUCACAAACAGCAAAACGAAUUUUUUUGAAGCGAACAUGUAUCUUGCAGAGGAUAGGAUACUCUGCUGGGAGUUGGUUGCAAAGAGGAAUGAAAGCUGGGUUCUUAAAUUUGUGAAACAUGCUACAGGAGAAACCGACGUACCCGAUACUAUACCCGAAUUUUUGUCACAGAGAAGAAGAUGGAUCAACGGUGCGUUCUUCGCAGCUCUUUACGCUUUGAGGCACACUUCCAGGAUCUGGGAGACAGAUCACUCUUAUAGCAGAAAGUUUUGGCUUUGCGUGGAGUUCCUUUACCAGUUCGUGAGCACACUUUUUUCGUUUUUCUCGUUGAGCAACUUUUACCUAACAUUCUACUUCCUUACAGGAUCUUUGGUUUCUGAAGAAAGUAUUGGAAGAGGUGGGUUUUGGAUCUUCACCAUAUUUAACUACCUAUGCAUUUGCACACUUACGUCAUUGUUCGUGGCAUCCAUUGGUAAUAGACCACAUGCAUCGAAGAACGUGUUCAAAACAUUGAUCAUAUUACUCACUAUCUGCGCUUUAUAUGCCUUGAUAGUGGGAUUCUAUUUUGUGGUGAAAACAAUUGAAAAGUUCGGAAUGGGUGACUCUUCAACAUUCGUUUUCGUUAGCAUUGUUGUUUCGUUAUUAGCGACUUAUGGAUUGUAUACAUUCAUGUCCAUAUUGUAUUUGGACCCUUGGCACAUGUUCACAUGCCUGGUGCAAUACUUCAUGAUGAUACCAUCUUAUACUUGCACGCUCCAGAUCUUUGCGUUCUGUAACACUCAUGAUGUUUCAUGGGGAACAAAGGGCGAUAACAACCCAAAGGAAGACAAGAUGAAUCAGUAUAUUAUCCAACAGAAUGAAGAGGGUGAAUUUGAGGUCAUUGUACAAGACUAUAACAUUGACGAGGUAUACCUUGAGACACUUUUCAGUAUCAGGUCACGGAGAUCGAACAAGAAGGUCAGAGCGCUUUCGGACCAAUCAAAUGAUCUUGAUGGUGAGGACUACGCCAAACAUGUCAGAACUAAGGUGGUUCUUCUGUGGCUACUUAUGAAUCUCAUCUUUAUUUUAACAAUGUUGCAAGUCUAUGAACCCGGAGAGACAGGCAGAAACUACUAUCUUGCAUUUAUAUUGUGGAUGGUUGCUUCCCUUGCGUUGUUUAGGGCCAUAGGAUCGGCUGGGUAUCUUGUUCAGCAUUUCGCAAGGUGGAUAGUUGAGUCAUUUAACAAGUGGUCCCAUAAGAAGAGCGGUUACCAUAGUACGCGUAUGAAUGCUCUCAAUUAA